AUGUAUCACGAGUUCAAGCAAGGACCGAUCAAGAUCACCGUCGGCCACGGACUCGGGGUCGGAUACUUCAUCAGAGUCGAGGAUGAACGCCUAGCGGCGGAUGGGGACGAAUUUCCCGUAUCCAGCUUUAUCGACGCGUGCUACAACGUUGAUAGCUCGGGGCUGGGCAUAUACCUGGCGGCUCGUACUGGAAAUGAGGGAUCUGGGACCCAAGUUAGCAUUGAGGCGAUGAGGCGACUGUGGGAGCUAUACGGGGUGAUUGGGGAGACGAUACCGCUUAUGGAGUUGCUCGACCUAAGGUUGUCUGAUACCGUGUAGGCGCCAUCAACCAUGCGGCCAUGUGCAUGAGAUCGCAUGUAUGGUAUGUUUACGAUACGGGUUGAGUCAAAGUAUUGUGUCAAGCAUGGGCUGUGCAUGCCAAUUAAAUUGCUUUAUC